UUCUGUACUCCCUGCCUGCUCUCAGGCCUUAUUCUGGGGCUUGUGAAAAAGAGAAAAUAAUUUACUUUCAUGUUCUUAUUCUGUUAUUCCCAGAUGAAUGUGAAGACCCACCGAAAUUCCAUUCUAUGCUACCCAAGGGUAAUAUUACACCCCCUUAUAAUAUUGGGGUUGAAAUACACUAUGAGUGUAUCCCAGGAUAUGUGCCUAAGGAUCCUCUUCUUCCGAUCCGUAUUGUUUGUGACAAGAAUGCUACCUGGACAAAUAUCACGGAGGCCUGUAAACAUGGUUACUGUGGUGACCCACCGAAGUUCCGUACUAUGGUAUCCAAGACUAAUCAUUCACCCCCUUAUAAUAUUGGGGUUGAAAUAGACUACCAGUGUAUCCUAGGAUAUGUGCCUAGGUAUCCUCCUCGUCCCACCAAAAUUGUUUGUGAGAACAAUGCUACCUGGACAAAUAUCACAGAGGCUUGUACAAAUGUAUGUGACGACCCACCGAACUUCCAUUUUAUGAGACCCAAGGGUAAUGUUACACCCCCUUAUAAUUUUGGGGUUGAAAUAGACUAUGAGUGUCGCCCAGGACACGAGCCUAAGGAUGUUCAUCUUCCGACCCGUAUUGUUUGUCAGAGGAAUGCUACCUGGACAGAGAUCAUGGAGGCUUGUAAAAAAAAAACAUGUCAAAAACUAGGUAUACUCGUAAAUGGCCAAAUAAUCUUCUCUGAUGGAACUAACGAGUAUGGUACACGAGCUCAGUAUGUUUGUUUUGACGGGUAAGUAAGUUGGUCCUUUGAGAACUAAGGUAAAUGUUACUAGGUCCUUUUUUUCUUUGAUUCUCUUCUGAAGCAUUUCCAUAAUGUUGAUUUUAUCUCCCUUUCUGUGUAACAAGUUGUACUUAUAGCCAAUCAACUCUUGGGCUUUUUAUGGAGACUGAAAACUUAUGUAAUAAAUAGAAAGAAAUUUAAAUUGAAGGGAAGAAAAAUUGUAUAAAAACUGUACUGUAAGUAAUAAUAAGCCUAUUGUAGUCAUUAAAAAUGUAGUAAUCAUAGUGGCAUGGUCCUAAAUUAAUUUAUUAUAGGACAGAGGGUGGGAAGGAGAGACAAGGAGUUAAUCAGUUAACAGAAGCAAAGGGCAGAGACUACUGAAAUGUGUGUUGAACCUCUGAAUCAACUUCCAGAGCUAUUUCAGAAUAGUGUUAAUAAGAGGUAGCUGACCACCAGGUUUCACCGCAUCCUGCUUGCACAUGAACUUUUCAGACUGUUGCCAGCAAAGAAUCAGAAAGCAGCAAACCCUUCUUCCUACGGGCAAUGCCCCUAGCCCCACUUCUUCUGCCCCCUUAUCUAUAGCCAAUGUAAAUUCCUUCAAAAUAACUUACAUCUUUCUCCUCAAAACUAUAGAAGAACCCCAUGAAACCCAGGAUGGCAGAAAUGUUUGCCUUCCUCUAUCCCUGCUGCUGGUUUAGACGUGCCCCAGGACCUGCUUCUUUUUUUCUGGCUGGCAUAUGGCUAGUCAAUAAACCGGUUCCUUCAGAAAAACUUCACAACUUUACCCCGUUGUGGUCAGAGAAGAUACUUUGUAGGUUAUCUAUCUUUUUAAAACCUAUUGAUUAGUUAAUAUUAAUUUGUGGCUCAGUGUAUGGUCUAUCCUAGAAGAUGUCCCAUGUGCACUUGAGGA